CACAAAGAAGAUGUCACGCGUAAAAAUUCACAUAUAGCAUAAGUGUAUUCUUCCUCCAUCGUACAUCAAUUUGUUCAAUUUAUCAUGUUCGGAUCAAAAUGCUACGGUUUUAUACUAAUGUAUUGCAGUACUGUUUGUUCUUUAGCGUGGGGAAUGAUGCAGAAUUUGACUCACACCAUCGAAUGUCAGUCAGAUAUGCUUAAUCAAUGUCCACCAAAUUCUUUGUGCGACGAUGGGUCAUGUGUUUGUAUGAAACAAUUUACGCACAAUCCGAACUAUAUCAGGCAAAAAACUGGGGAAUAUUGUUUGUUAAUAGAAGAAACCACGACGCCAUCGUCCGCUCUAAACAAAACCCUGUCUGUUGGUCAUAUUUUUAAAGAGCAUCCCGAACCGCAUCAUAUAAUAGGAGGCAUAUUCAUACCUAUCAGUGCAGCACUUAUCCUUUUGCUAGCAAUAGUCAUGGUUAAAAAAAUGCACAUUAUCCAAAGGAUUCGGCAGAGACUUCAUUCAAAUCGGGCCAGAAGACCGGCAUAUGAAGAUGUUGUUUUAGUAGGCUAUGAACAAUAAUUCCAAAGAUACAAGGAUUACUUAUAAGUAGACCUAUGUAAAUGAAAAAUCACGGAUUUCAUCUAACUUGUAUUCCUAUAAUUUUAUGCGAUUGUCAACUGUAAUUCUAAGUUAACAGAGAAAUGUAUAUAAUUUUUUUUGUAAAUUUAUUCACUGUAUAUUUAAACUAUUGAUGAUCAUCACUGUACAUAUCGUGCAUAUCUAAAUGUAGACUAAAAUUAUAAAUUCAAUUGAAUUUUUAAUUUGAUUAAAAUUCAAUAACGUAAGCAUUAAUGUGAUUUAUUAUGAUACUGAUUGUAUGUGUAACUUUAGUGAUGAGCAAUGUCAGAAUGAACUAAAUAAAUUUUAACAAACAUGA